UACGCGGGGCGGCCGUUGUUUUUCGUAACAAAGGAUUUUGGACAAAACAUGAAAAUCCUGACAUAAAUCUUGAAUACUUAUGUUAAGUGGAGUUAGUAUAAGCACAGCCUGGCAAUUGUGUAAAACGGCCGUUCACGCUGUUCGACAUUUUCUUUUGUGCAGUCGAUAUCGACCUCAUUUUGCAAAGUGUUUAUGUUUGGUGAACGGGUAUCUCGAAGUUUGUUUUGCAAACAAAUAGUUUACCCUCGUCCAAAUUAUAAAUAGUCAGUGAGAGUAUUACAAUAUUGCUCAGAGGAGCAUUCGCUGAUUUUGGUGAAGUGCGUUAUGUGGGUGUUGCUGUGAGAAGUCGCGAUUCAAGACCAGUGCGAGUGCAAAAUGUGGAGGAUUUUGGUCCUCGUAGCGGCGGUCGGGUGUGGCGCCGCAGGGGAGUCGUUCCUGAGCGAUAUCACGCGCGACCUGCGCUCGGAGAUAUCGAGCGUGAUGGAGAUGGCCAACGUGACGUACUCCGAGCCCGUCAUCAACACCACGUACAAGGCCAGCGUGGAGUUCGACAUGCGCGCCAUGGGCUCCCUCUACAACUCCACACACCUGGUCAUCGACUUCAUCGCCAACAAACAAGCAUACCCUGAAGGCAUUGUGUCGGUGUCGGACGGGCACGUGGAGGUGGCGUCGCCGCGCGAGCACUGGCGUCCGCUGCUGUCGCACUACGCCGGACCCACCGCGGUCAUCGUACUGGCUGCAUUGCUCGUCGUCACGCUACCUCUGGCCGGGUUGUUCUGGUGUUGCUGCUACUGGUGCAAGUCGGGGCGGCGGCGGCGCGCCUUUGACCGGAAGUACGACGCCUGCCUCAAGGGGAUCCUCGCUAUAUUGCUCAUAGCGCUACUGACUCUGUUCAUGUUCGGCGUGGUAUGCGCGUUCGCGACGGACUCGCAGCUGGAGAGCAGCGCGGGCGAGGCGCCGGCGGCGGUGCGCGUGGGGCUGGCGGACGCGCGCGAGUUCCUGCACGCCACGCAGGCGCACGCGCGCCACCUGCUCGUCACCAACUACCGCGAGCUGGAGAUGAAGGUCAACGGUCUGCUGUCCAGUUCGGGUGUGGCGGUGUCGGCGCAAGUGGGAGCCUUGUCCCGCGGCGCCGCGGUGUCGGCGCUGGCGACGCUGGUGGCGCGGCUGGACUCGGUGCGCGACCAGCUGCGGCACGUGGCGCGCCUCACUGACAGCCUGCGCGCUCGAGCCGACCGCCUCAACGCCGGGCUCCGCAAGGUGAAGGGGCAGCUGCUGCAGACUUUAGCGCAGUGCGAGCAGCCCCCGUGCGUGCGGCUGCAGGAGAAGUACAAAAUCGGACAACUGGACACCGAGAUACAGUACAACCGGAUGCCUGACGUGUCCGAGCUAUUGGCGAACGUGACUUUGCUGCUUGAAGGCAAUAUUAAGGAAGAAGUGGCGGAUGGACAGCGAGUGUUCCGCGACAUACAGCGCGGCAUACAACGCUCGUUAGACGAGCACAUACCCGGCGUGCAGGCGGAGCUGGCGCGGACAGGUCGUCAAUUAUCCCGAGUGGCGGACGACAUAACGGCGAUGGCCGGCAACGCGAGCCAGGAGUUGAAGCGACGCGAGGACGUCGCCGACGCCAUGCAGUCCUUCUACGAGCGAUACGGACCCUAUCGGCGAUACCUGGGGCUGUCCGCUGCGGCUGCCUUACUGGCUAUGACAUGUAUCUUGGCGUUGGGCGUGACUUGCGGCGUUUGCGGCAAACGGCCCGACGUGUACGGCGCCAGCGACUGCUGCAAUAAGGGCGCCGGCGCAUCGUGGCUGCUGUGCGGCACCGGUUGUAUGUUCGUGGUGGGCGGGUGCGUGGCUGCCGUGGCGCUGGUAUACUUCCUGGCCGGCAUCACGGCGCAGCGGUUCCUCUGCGACCCGUUAACGGAACCGCGCGGCAACCGUCUGUUCUCCGACGUGGACCGUUUCGUGGAGCUGGAGAAGGCUUUGUUCAACGAGCGGAGCGAUCCCAACUUCAAUCUGAGUUCUGUGCUAGUCGGUUGCCAUGCCAACCACACCGUAUAUGAGACGCUACAAGUGCGACGCUUGUACGACGUGGAGGCGGCGGUGGAAUCCGCUCGAGCGGCGGGGGCUCGAGCGCUAGCGGCGGCGCGGGCCGCGGGCGCCGGCACCGGGCCCGCCGCCUGGCCCGCCGGGCCCGUCCUCAUACUGAGGCACAGCGCCCGCACACAACUCCGACAGCUGGCUGACGCGGGGCUCUCGGACUUCGACUUCGAUCGGAUCCUGCACGCGCUGGAGACGAACAUGACGUCUCUCUCGUUGGAAUCGCUCGCAUCGCAGCUGGACAGCACCGCGGCCGCAGUGGAGAAACAAACCGGAUACUCCCAAGUGGCGCCGGAACUGAGGCGAGCCGCGGCCACACUCAGGUCCCUGCAUCAGACCACUGUGGAGCCCCUGCUGCAGGACACUGCCACGCUGCAGGAGACGGCGACGAAACUGCGCGACGGCUUACGCUUUAAUCAUACGUCGCUGAAGGAAGCCAUCUCUUACCUCAUGUAUGAAACCUCGCAGGCAGAGCAGUUCCUCAACACCCAGGGGCCCGAGCUGGUGCAGAACAUAUCGCGUGAAAUAUCGGGCGUUGUAUCCUCACUAGUGGACCAAUACGCGAACCGAGUUAGAACAGCGGCCUCUCAACACGUGGGCCGUUGUGGGCCACUGUCUCACGCUUAUAACGCCACCAGAGACUCAUUCUGCAGGAAGAUUCUUAUGCCCACGAACGGGUACUGGAUGUCCCUAAGCUGGUGCUUGGCGUUGUUUGUGCCGUUAAUGGUGGUGGCGCGAAGAUUGGCCAGACUCUAUAGACACGUCGACCCCUACCCCGGACCCCUGGUCGAGGCCGAGUAUUUGUAUGACGCGUACGCGGACCGCGAUAACGUACCACUUGCCAACGCCUACAAGGCAGAGAAGCGCGCGGGGCGCGGUAGACGGGCCGGGGCCGGGGAGGCGGGCGAGGGGCGGGGCGGGGCCGGGCCCGGGGCCGGGGGCGGGGGCGCGGCGGGCGGGGCCGGGCCGGGGCCGGGGCCCGCGCUGGCGCCGCCUCUCGACGCACACCACGCGCGCAGAUAUAAUGAUAUGGCGCCAAAGCACUGGGAAGAAGGCCCUCCCCGCUACCACGGACCUACUGAGUACGAGCGACCCCCUCCGUACUACUAUCCCGGACCAAAUGAUAGACAGUAAACUGGCGCUCACAGAGUUGGACGACGAAGAUCUGUUGAAGUACUGAGGGAGCCCCAUUGUGCGCUCACCGAUCGAUCGUUGUAGCGAUUAUAUUGAUCUAAAUAUAGUAUUUUUCCAUAGUUAAUCCAGAGGCCAUACGGAAUAGUGAAAUGAUAAAUCGGUGCGACCGGUGUUACAGUUUUGACAGUUAUAAUUGAUCUGCAAAUGACAAUUCCAUUGGUCUUUCGUCUGUUGAAAGUGUACGAUCGGUUCGCAGUUUUGUAUGAUGAAUUGUAUUUCGCGAAGUGUAGGGUGUAAGUAGAGGAGUGUCACUGUUCGUGGCUCCUUAUUAAUGGUAAUCACAGUUAUAACUUUAAUUCGAACUCUGUAGUGUGUGUGUGAUAGAAGCUGCGGGCGACGACCUGUGGGACGCGUGACCGCGUGACCACGUGACCAUCUUACCAUGUGACCGCGUUACCAUAACACCACGUGACCGAGUGACCACGUUACUACGAGAUCGCGUGACCACGCGUCCCCAUCGCCGCCCCACGCGUGGGCACAUCUCAGCUCAAGGUUAUCUAGGUGUUUGACCGGCAUUCGGUCGUGUUGGCUUUAAUGAUUUUGUCAGAAUUAAAUACUUUAUAUUAUACGUUCGUUAUGUGGCGGAAUCCGAUUGCCGCACAAAUUUAUAAUUAUGAUUUCUGAACGCGAGAGAUUCAUAUUACAAUUAGCGUAUUAUUUUAAUUGUAUGUUUAGGACGUAAGUUAGGAUGUUCCCUCUCGCUCCCUCGCCCGCCGUCCUUUUCUUCCACAUCGCGGGCGCGGUUGCGACAGUAGCGAUUUACGCACGCGCUAUUUACACGCAGUAUUUUCGUCCUUAUCACACUCGAAACGUUCACCGUACGAGUGAAGGAGACAGCGUGUACGCAGCAGUGCUGGUUUUGUCGCGUUUUGCAUUUACACCGGACGUGGUCGAAACGCGCAUUUACUUUAAGACAUCGGGACGCGCCGCUGAUGAGCGCUCAACUAUAAGACUGCAAGUCGACGUACCAUCAUUAGAAAUACUAAUACCAAAGAAUCAUUGGAAAUUGCCAACUGUGUCGUCAUUAUAUUAAUGUCAACGAAGAGACAGUUUUUCUUUUAUCAAACUGUGUAGUGCUACAGGGAUUUUAUGAGCGAGUGAUAGUUUAGGGAGGGCGCCACUGUCUACCUAAAUGACCGAAAAUCACAUUUUCAAAGACACGGCAGCGGUAGUUCCAAUUUUCGCCACAUUCAUAGAGAUCCUUGUCGCACUGUAUAAUGCGAUUCAAAUAAGAAUAGGAAAGCCAAUGACCUCCAUCUGUCAAAUGACGCUUGAAAAGUACGGUUUGCAAAAAUUCUUGGAACUCUUUUUUAACACUCAACUAAUUCUAGAAUAAAAAAACCGAACAUUUGUAAACAAACAUGACGACGAUGACAACUCCGGUAGUUAUGCAGAGCUCAGCGGAAUUGAAAAGCUAGAUUCCGAUUAAUAUUUUUACUCACACAGUCAUAAAUGUUAUUAAAAAUCGGUGGUUUUUUCUCUCAAUAUUAGUAAAUAAAUUUUAUUAAUAAAAUCUGAUGUUUUGUCUCACUUAAUCUUAGUAAAUAAGUUUUAUCGAAGAAAAACUUUUAUUGCUCACUCUACCUAUUUUGUUUCCAUUGACAGCUUUGACACCACAAAAUGGCGCCCAGUCGAUCCUAUUCUUAGUUGAAUCGCAUUAUACUAGUUUUUUGUAUUAACUUUUUUGUAAGUUUAAUGUUUAGAUAUCUCUCGCCACCGCGUGUUUCUGCCAAAUUAGUGAACUGCCAUUUUGUCGCGAGUCAGCGGCGGCCGUCCGCGUCCAUUUACAAUACUCGAACGUUCCGUACACUAUACAUAUAUUAUUACGAUUAUACAUUAUUUUAUAUUGUUGACUCGGAGGUGGAAUGCAAACUACAUUAUUUGAGUAUGUAACGUGUCAUAUUGUAAUCGUUAGGUAAUGUUUGUAUGCGUCGAUGGGCACGCCCUCUAGGGACCACUGUGGUCACUCGUAGUGUUAGUCUGUCGCGCUAUGUGAACGCUGAUUUGUAUGGGUCAAGUAGCAAGCGAGGUAAGAGCCACUAUAUAUUUUUAAUACAGCAUUUUAAGUGACGAAAUAAUGCAAAUCUCUCAAAACAAAACCUCCACUAAUGGAUCUCUACAGAUCUAUCGACUGCCUCUAUCGAUACUUGAUCGAAACAAAUCAGUAUUAAUAAAUCUCCUUGAUGAUCUCUGCAAUCGUUACUAACUUCAGCGACUACUCAGACGGCCACGGCACGGGCGACACCUAGCGGCGAACCCGACUAAACUAAAAGAACUAACUAAUUCAGAAUUGAAAGCGAAUUUAUCUAAUGAAUUAAAUUAACAAGUGAUAUUUAUGACUAACUCUUGAAAGAUCUGUAAUUUUUGAAUGCAGUGCUCAGAUUGUUUAGUACGAUUUUUAAAAGUUUUCUGUCUUUUUCCAAUUUAUUCGAAUUGCAAAUUAAAGUUAGUCUUGGUUUAAACCUUAUGCUGUCUCUGUCUUUUAGCAAACAAAAAUGACAGCAUCAUUUUUAGACCAGACUUAACUUUAGUCGAGGCAGCUUUAUGUCUCUUCAUAUAUCGAGUUUAGGGUGCUAUAUUCCGCUUGAGAGGACUUCUGUGUCAUGUGUACAAAUACACGAGGCGAUAACAAACUCUAAAAUACUUUAAAAUAUCGCACUAAACACUCCGUUUGGUGAUUUAUGUAUUUUUAAAGCGUAGUUUAUCGGUUUGCAUAAAAUUUGGUAUUUUUACUUCCGCACACAUCUAUCGGUCUACCUAGCAUUUUAAGUUUGACGGUCCGGUCCCUAGCUAAAAAUGUUACAUUAAGCAAAAACGUUUUACGCAGUUUCGAAGCUGACUUAUUAAACAUCGUUUUCGUGUGUAUUUUUUAAAUAUAUCAUUAUUGUAAUAUUUAAUUUUUUAAGCAUGUAACAGCUCGAUGUUUAAAGCUAAAGAAAAUAUAGCUUUAAAAAUAUAUUAUUAUUGCUCAAUCUAACAUAUACAGGGUGUUACAAAAAUACAAAUAAAGCUUGAAGGGCGUUGAAGUACAUCAUAUAAGGAGUGUUCUCAAAUUUUCUUAAAAUAUCUGCAAGAAGUUUGAACUUUUUAUAAAAACAGAUAUUUUUAAUGAUUAAUAAAAAUAUCGAUCAUUUUAAGACAUGUCACUAGUUCGAGGUCAUGCACCUUACCAGGAGUAGUAAUAAAUCUGCUGUAAUAAAGAAAAUUAGAGAAGAUUCAUUAUAUGAUGUACUUCAACGCCCUUCAAGAUUUAUUUGUAUUUUUGUAACACCCUGUAUUUUUGCUACAGACCGUUGUUUACAGAUGUGUCCCGACGAUUAAUAUUUUGCCGGUGAGUGCCAACGAAAGUGACAGCACCAAUUUUGAUCAAACUAAAUAGUUAGUUGCCGACUCCGUCUAUGUAAUGAGGGCUAUCGCGUAUGAAUCCGCCGCUAGAGGCGCUAGUGUAGCGUGAGGUCUCCGAAAUGUCAAAUGUUAUUGCUUGUUGGUUGACUACGCGGGUUUAUUUCUAAUUAAAAUAAUGUUGUGAAUAAUUGGUAAGAAUUCGGCUUAAUUAUGGCAAAUAUGAGUUAUGUGGCAAUGAAUGUCAGUUAUUAAAAAUUUGAGCUUAGAAAAAUGAUUAUGUUCCCAUUUUUUCCGAAUAAAACGGAACUGCGCGUCACUGUGGCAUGGCCUAUUAUGUUUAGGAUAUGGUUCUUUUGUGUUAAAAUACGAUCUAAAUGUAACCUUUGAUUUCAUGUGCGUAUUAAUAAACUUUAAAAGUUACAAUUUAGGACCUCACUCAACAGUGGCGCCAUCUGGUGAGGCACAAAACGGUAGCCCUCAUUAAGUGCGUCCGUUCCGUGGUCGCGUCCUCAAUCUCUCGGCGGAUUCGCUCCCGUCAUCCUGUGCUCUUGUCCUUAUACUACACCAAUAUACCGUGUACAACUUUUAUUAUGACAUUCAGGUGCUGUAUUUCAUGUUCUCGAACGAUCAAAAAUGCAUUUAACUUUGAAACCAAAAUGAAAUUGAUGCAGUAUUGAUCGUGCGAGGAUUACGUAUGCUACUUCAUAAUAUACAACCUUCUGCUCACUUUUCAUUAGAUACCUUAAAGGGAUUUUAAUUAAAACUUUUAAAAUUGUAGUUGUUUUUCUUGUCUCUUUGUAAUGAAUUACCCCUCUGCUCAAUCCUAAAUUGUUAUUGUUACGGUGGUGCUAAAUGUUGCAUCAACUUAGUUUAGUGGCGUGUAUAACGUUUAUGUUUACUCGACUUAUUAAUGUUAUAAAGGGGCGUCCAUAAAUUACGUGAGAUGUUUAAGGGGGGGAGCGGGUCGAGUCAAAUCUCAUCUAAUCUUACGUUGGAGAGAGGGGGUCUCGGCAAAUAUCACGCAAUUUUGUUUCUGAUUGAAACAAAAAAAAAAUUUACUAUUUUGGUCCAUUUAAUCUAGAUUGUACAUGCUUAAGAUUUAAUCUUCAGCGUAAUCGUAAGACCAUUAAAAUAAAAGCACGAAGCGAUUUUUUUUUCUUUUUACAAGAACACGUAAACCCACAUUUUGAAAAAUCUCACGUGAGAAUGGGGGAUGGGGGAGAGGGUUGAAUAAAAUCUCACGACAUCUCAACAGCUGGGGAGGGAGGGGCAGAAAAUUCAAAAAACACCUCACGUAACUUAUGGACGCCCCUAAUACAGUCUCAAUAAAGACGUGCGUGAACGAUAUCUGAUUCUUCCAAUGUCAAGUCAUUUAUAUUAAUAAAUGCAUUUUUAUCAAAAUGUAAACGCUAAAUGAAUUCUUACAAUGUAGUUCGAAUUGUAAGCGUUGCGCUGUCGCGGGCGGCGCGCGCUCUAAUGUCUAAUUAACGAGUCCACUUCGAGGGGGAAUGACAAAUGGAAUUCGUCAUACGUUUUGCCAAAUACAAGUAUGAUGAAUAAAGUUUGUCAUUUGCUCGUCAAAGAUUUAGGAGACUCUGUAGUCGUAAUUAUAAACAAAGUGUCGUGUAUCGAAGUAUGUGUAGUGGAGUGUCCCGCAGAGUGCUACGGCUGUGCGAUCCGCACCGGAGUGUGUCGACGAUUGUAAAAUAAAUACAUUUAUUAUCUCCAAUCGAUCGUUUUAUUCAUAAACAACAUUAUAAUUGAUCCCGACAUCAUCUCGAAGACACAAUUCACAGCCAUACCGAUCGCUAUACAGUAUACACUAAACGAGUUGAGAUUCACGAUUAAAGGAAUAGUCUUACUAUAACUGAAUCGCGUCUCCUCUUGCUACAGAAGUAGAUAACGAAAACAAACAAAGUCAACAUUUAUUUACUGUCGGUCCGCCGGACGACGUCAAUCACACACGUAUAUGACUAAAGUACAGCUAACUUACAAGAGGGCUAAUAAAUACGUUAUGGUACGCGGCUACGUAUGUACAUCAACUAAUAAAUACUGUCGUAUGUCACUUGGGAACUAGCGGAGAUCUAUCUAGCUGCGAUGGCUGCGUCGCGCCGCGCACGCCCUGAACUAUGGUUCCUGUUUUUCCCGCUGCUUGGCAAGAUUGUGCGCGCGCAGCAAUAGUUGGUCGAGCUGCGCGCGGCACGAGCAGUGCAGGAACUCGCGUGGUUUGACGCCGCGGAAGAUGCCGGCGAUCGAUGGCUUCACGUUGUAGAAGAUUAUCGUCUGGCCGCGCGCGUGGAAGUCCUCGAUCAGAGAUUUUAUGCCCUGCACACAGAUAUAUAGAAGUCUUUAAGCUCAAGGCUUGCAUUUCAGAUGAGGGUUAGUAUUUCGCACCCUUAUGAAACCUUGAAAAUGAAAAUUAACUAAGUUUCUUCACUACAAGGUUGUAGACUGUAGAUGAAAUCGUAGUUAAAUCAGGAAACACGACAAUUUCAGGGUAAUUUCGCUUUAAUUAUAAGGAUGGGAUUUGCUAUUUCGAAAUUUUACUGUAGUCAGAACUGAAUAGGGGAGACUAUCGUCUAACCUGCACUAUAAUGUUUAGUUAAUAGAGGCUAAUCGAGUGCAAGAACGCGAAAAAGCAUUGCGGGUCUCGUUUUGUGUAACCUCAACUUCGAUGAUGAGUACCGGCAGUGUCGCGCGGGUCGUCGUCGCCCGUAUAUUUGUCCCGCGUUAUCUGUGAUUAGUCAGCGGGAAUUUUACUGAAAAAUCAAGUAUCGUCUACUUUGGGAUCUCUUCCUGCUAAGUUCAUGGCGUUCUCGCAACUGCAGCGGCUGGCGACAGCUCUCUUGCUCCCGUGGUCGGUUCGGGUAAAAAGUGUUGCGUUAAAUCUAGCCUUAAUUUGGCAAAGUGAACUUGCUUAUUAGUAAUAUUAAUUAUAAUUAAAACCUAAGUAGUGGAAUUAUCUUUAUUGACUGAUGGUUCGGAAAAUCUUAUUCUAUCUGUUUUUCUCACUGAUUGUUGAAGAUCCAAGCGGAAUGCAGUGACGUUCGGAGAUAACAUUACAUGUGACUUUAGUUAGGCAGUGAUUUCUUGAUGGCCUUCGCAUUAACAUUACUUACCUGAACUAUCCAAAAAUAUCAAGUAUAUAACUCAAAUAAAACUGGGCAUUACAUACUUACUACAAGUGACAUCAGUGAGACAAAUCUAGAACGAACUACACUGGUCCGUGUCUGGCACGUGGGCACACAGAAAUAAUCGAGAAGGCGAAAUCGAGGAGUGUAGAUAACUAGCACUUUUGUAGGUACAAAUAAAUAUUCCUAAAAAUUGUUACUUUGAAAAAUACCUGCAAUAGACGUCUCGGAACAGCCUGUAAAAGACUUCAAUCAGCCGCUACCACCCUCGGUGAUAAGUUCCGUAGAUGGCGAAUUGAGGUAGGUAGGUAGAUAGCACAUAGAGAGUCAUCCCCUGGGAGGACCGGGUCAAGUACUUGGGAGUCGCGUUAGAUAACCGAUUGACGUUUGCAUCUCAUUUCAAGAUAGUUCGUGAUAGCGCAGCAUUCGUUCACAGCAGGCUAUUCCACCUUAUAGGGAAGCGUAGUAAAAUGUCACUUAGGCACAAGUUGAGAAUUUACAAAACUUGCAUCCGCUUUAUCAUGACUUAGGCGACCUACGCGCGACCGUCGUGUUUUAAACCAUUAUAAACCUUAUAUUAAAUAAAAAGGGAAGAUACGGCACUCGCGGCUCAAAAGUGAUUCGCUUAAAUUGUGGUGCAUGACCAUAAUUCGAUUUAGUCACAAUUGGAUAUUCACUCGCUGCAUGUGCACUCAAAUAACAAUUGCGUAUAUUUUGUGUUAUGAAGAUAAAACAAUGCCUUCGAUGCUAUUAUAAAGAACACAAAUAGUUCAAAAUCAAAUUACAAAUGUCUCGGCAACACUUCUCAUUCGUAAAACUGUAAAAACAUUUUUUCUCAAAAAUCACGCUUUGUCGUGAAUGUCAUUUACGUAGUCGCCAUUUUGUUAUCAAAAAAAGGACAACAACACGCUGCGUAAAAGCGUAUAGUUCUGUCUCGCUUGCUCGAUUGAAUGUUUAUAUACAAGCUUUGGCGCCAGGGAGGGGGGUCAUAUAGCCGUGGUCAAGCCACAGUGGGUACAGAUUGUGUAGUACAGAUUUUGAUGUGGGUACAGAUGGACCCAGCCCAGGGGGGGUCAUGACCCCCGUGACCCCCCCUCUGGAUCCGCCCUUGGUGUGUGAGAGUUGCUUAAGUACUUAAUUGAGUCGGAUCAUAUUUUAUUUAAUGCUAGUAUGAGCGUACCGUAUCUUACCUUUUUGUUAUAAUGUAAGUUAUAAACGUUGCAAAAUCGUGUUGUGCGCCGUGCCACGGGUUGCCCGUGGUACACGGUGACGCGGGCCGCACUCACCUCUGCGGCGGUGAAGUCUGCGGCCUGCACGUGCGUGGCGUCGAGCACGAGCGGGCGCGGGCCGGGCGCGGCCUUGCGCAGCGCGCGCCGCACGUACUCCGCGGACGGGAACGUGACGCGGGCCGCACUCACCUCUGCGGCGGUGAAGUCUGCGGCCUGCACGUGCGUGGCGUCGAGCACGAGCGGGCGCGGGCCGGGCGCGGCCUUGCGCAGCGCGCGCCGCACGUACUCCGCGGACGGGAACGUGACGCGGGCCGCACUCACCUCUGCGGCGGUGAAGUCUGCGGCCUGCACGUGCGUGGCGUCGAGCACGAGCGGGCGCGGGCCGGGCGCGGCCUUGCGCAGCGCGCGCCGCACGUACUCCGCGGACGGGAACGUGACGCGGGCCGCACUCACCUCUGCGGCGGUGAAGUCUGCGGCCUGCACGUGCGUGGCGUCGAGCACGAGCGGGCGCGGGCCGGGCGCGGCCUUGCGCAGCGCGCGCCGCACGUACUCCGCGGACGGGAACGUGACGCGGGCCGCACUCACCUCUGCGGCGGUGAAGUCUGCGGCCUGCACGUGCGUGGCGUCGAGCACGAGCGGGCGCGGGCCGGGCGCGGCCUUGCGCAGCGCGCGCCGCACGUACUCCGCGGACGGGAACGUGACGCGGGCCGCACUCACCUCUGCGGCGGUGAAGUCUGCGGCCUGCACGUGCGUGGCGUCGAGCACGAGCGGGCGCGGGCCGGGCGCGGCCUUGCGCAGCGCGCGCCGCACGUACUCCGCGGACGGGAACGACAGCGCGCGGUCCACCGCCGCCACCACGUGCUCCACGCCGUCGCCCGA